GGAAACGCCGCGCUCGAAUUUGCAAGUCUUGCCGUUCACCCAGGCGCUUUUGCGUUUCGGAACGGCGUGAAAAACAAUAACAAAAUAAAAAACGUAAAUAAAUCAAAAAACCUAACUGUGCCUUAUUGGAUUGAAUCUCGUCGGACUGUCGUGUUAACUUAGCUAGUGAUUGCUGAACUGAGGAGUGCAGUGUUCAAUUUUCAAGUGCAGUGAUGAGGCCCCCUACGGACUAUGACGGUACCAGGAUGCCUGCUGAGGCGGAGGAAGGGGAUCCGAGGGCACCAGCGAUGAUGAUCUGCGCGCGGUUGGCCGGCCGGGCCAUCAUCAGGGUCGUUAGCAGGUGCGAGGAUGCACAAGAAAAUAGUCAAUUAGAUCUGUCAGAGUGUCAACUAAUGCAAGUUCCUGAUGCAGUAUACCACCUCAUGCGGCACACAGAGCUCAAGAGCUGUGAUCUUAGCGGAAAUGUGAUCACAAAGAUUCCACCAAAGUUCACUGUUAAGUUUAGUUUAAUUACAGACCUAAAUCUGUCAAACAAUCAAAUGGCUAAGCUGCCAGAUGAGAUAAGUACACUAGCAUGCCUUCAGCGGCUGGACAUUUCGCACAACACAUUUGUGGCCCUCCCGCACAUUGCCUGCCAGUGCCCAAGUUUGCACACUCUGCUGGCACACCACAAUCAAAUCAUUGAAGUUGAUGUGGACAGAUUAGCAAGAUCUCGAGCGCUUGAAUACGUAGAUUUAAGUGACAACCCAAUUCCUCCGCGGACACAUGAAGAGUUAAAACAGAUAACGCGGCCUGCAAUAUCUAUUUCUGAAAGAGAAAAAGAAGAUUGGGAAGAGGAUCUCUUAAUAUAGAAGACAUGACUACCUAUGUACAAGACUUACAUUCAAGAUACUUUAGAUAUAACGUAGGAACUGGUGCAAUAUGACCUUUACAGGAAGGGUAAAAAUGACUGGUCCUAACUCAACUGUGAUUUAGCCUUGUGCAAAGAAGAUUUAUUAAGCUUAUUAAAACAGGGAUUAGGGUCUCGGGAGAUAUUCGUAUAUGAAUGAUUUUUUUACUUUUACAAAAGAUUUUUAUUCGGCUUCCUAACUAGCGAUUAAUUUAUAAUUAUUUUUUUAUGAUGGUGUUUUACCCAUGGAGCUAUGAAUCAGCUUAUUCACUUAGAAAAUUUCUAAGUAAUCUUUGAAAUGUUUUUAAAAUUAUUUUGCAAUUAGUUAAUUAUGAACUUAAAAAAAUUAUUUAAAUUAGCAAAAAUCUGUUUCAAUUAUCAAUAUUUCUAAUCUAAUGAUGAUAUGAAUCAUUUUCUAAAAAAUUGACACUAGGUUUGAUUUAGUUAGCCGAAUUGACACAAAAGUACAGCAGGAGCUCAAGUGUGUGGAUAGUACUUAAUUAUUAUAAUAAGAGAAAUGCUAUGAACAUUAUUCGUAUUUUUAUAUAAUUUUAUACAUUGUGAUUGAUUUUUUAUGCAACAUUGACAUUAAAGGUGUAUGCGCAUUUACUACGCAUUGAACAAGCAAGAGUUCGCCAUACAAAUCUAUCGCGCCGAAAGCGUCGCUUUUAGUUUACAUUGUGAAUUAAUAUCUGCGGAAAGAAGUUAAUAUAGCGCUGUCUCUGUUACGCAAUGCCAUACAAAUGAUAGAUGUAAAAAAUAUCAGUGGGCGUUAACUAUUUUGAGUAAUCAACCAAUCACAAACAUGUUUUCGAAAAAACAUUCGAAAUGCAAUUCGAAAAGCUAUCAAAAAUCGAAAUUCAAUUCGAAAACAUAGUUUUGUUUGUGAUUGGUUGACUCAAAAUGGUUAACGCCCACUGAGAUUUUCGUCUCUGUCAUCUGUAUGGGAUUACGUAACUGAAAGAGCCCUAAUACUAACUUCUUUCCGCAAGUAGGAGUUAAUGGUACAUAAUGGAAAGUGGUCUACGAGGCAUGAUAUUUUGGUGGAUUGCUAAUAAGCGCGCCGAAGUCAAAUUUGUUUGUCGCCAGACUUCGUUCGGGAUUACAUUGCCUUCCAGAUUAUUUCUGUGAAUUACCGCGCUCGGCAAGGAUUGGUUAGUGAGGUUACAUUUGCGCAGGGUUGCCAUUGAUUUAAUUAAACAAUUUUUAAACAAGUGUUUUGAAUAUGUUUUUAAUUUGAAAAAAGUUCUAAACAUGUUUUUGAUCUUUUUUAAACAAAAAAAAAUUAACGCUGUUUUUUUCCAACCCUACAUUUAAGGCACCUAGUUUAUCUUGUUCGGCGUGUCGGUACUUGCAGGUUUACAUUUGAAGUACUUUUGUCAAAUUAAUAAGAUUAACUUUAUGUUGAUCAUUUUUUAAUGAAUACUAGUCCAUAAUGAUAAUUAGGUUAAAAGAGCUUUUUCAAAAAUAUUCUAACCCAGUAAAGUUGUGAAUAAAAACGAGGGCAAUUAUUUUUUAAGUAUAAGUAUUUUAUUCUAAGUAACAUUGCAAAGUUUUAUACAAUAAAUAUUAUUUAGAUUAAAUUUUACUGUGGUGUAAUUUUGGUGGUGCUCAGUUAUUUCUUUAUAACUUAUUUCAAAUUAUGUACUUAUGUAAAAAUGAUUUUAUUUUAAAAUUUUAAUGUAAUGUUUUUAAUUUUCGUAUAGGUUACACCACUAAACAAUUGAUACCUAUAGAUUUGAAGAUCUGCAACAUUUUAAAUGCCAGGUAUUGUAGAAAUACUAUUGUAAAAAUGACUGUUACAUUAUUAUGAAAUAAAAUAGCACUUUUAUGUUGUAAAGGAAACGCCACUCAUAUUUUAAUAAAGGCAUUUAUUGCUUA